GCGCUCUGACUGAAAGAGGAUAUAUAACUUUUCAACUGGUGUUUUUUUUUUUUUUUUUUGGAGACGAGGAGCGGAGAUCGGAGGGAUAUCUUGCUGCUGAGCCGGGAGGGAGUGCGCAGCGCCUUCAGAUACAAGGUUAUGACGGAGCUGAGCUGAAUAUGGAGCUUUUCUGGAUUUUCUUGUUUUCCAGUGUGCACCCUCUUGUUUGGGGACAGGGAGUUUACGCUCCGGCUAAUGCACAGAUUGUGCACUCUGGUGCAGCAUGCAACGUCAAGGAUGAUAACAUAAGCGAGAGAAUUUACACCAUCAAAGAAGGAGACACGCUGGUGCUGCAGUGUAUUGUUAAAGGACACCCACGACCACAGGUCCGGUGGACAAAGACAGCUGGCAGUGCCUCGGACAAGUUUCAAGAGACAUCCAUCUACAACGAAACGCUGCGCAUCGAGAACAUCCAGCGGGUGCAGGGGGGCCGCUACUACUGCAAGGCCGACAACGGGGUGGGGGUGGCUGCCAUCAAGUCCAUCCGCGUAGAUGUGCAGUGUAAGUGGGCAGGGAGGAAAGAGGAAAAGAGAACACUCCUUCCACUUUUAAACCGCAGCAGACUUUCACUGCAGCCAUUCCCACAUUAGAGAAGGCCAAGAUGGGCAAAGAUGGAAAGAUAGCAGGAGGAAAGAUGAAAGACUGAUUGGAUGGAUGAUGAGAUUUCAGGUGGGAAUGGUCUCUAAGAGUAUCUGAUGAAUUACGGUUGAAAGGAUGAAAAACAUGCCAGAAGGAUUAAUAGAAGGGAGGGAGGAUCAAAUUGAGCUGAAUCAGAAAACGCUGUAAAACUAAAAUGUUCUAUACAAUACAAAUCCUGGAUUUUCUUUUAUAAAUAGUUGUGUUUUUAUAUAAUAGCAAUCUAUUUAAAAAGUGAGUGAAGCUCAACAAUUUUACAAAGAUUUAUUUCCUUACACUCAAAUGAAUCAGGAACAUAGCAAAUUUUAAUCCAAAAUUAAACACGAAGGUAAUUCACCCAAUUUGUUAUCACCACUUGCAGAAAGAAAGCAGAAAGGAAUAUUAAGCUGUACAAAGCAGCAUUUUCUUCCUUUUUGCUUCACAGCCCCAAAUAUUUACAAAAUAAUGUAAAAAAGUACUGAAAUGUUUAGAAUUCCUAUGAAUACGAAGUCAGCUAAUAAUUAGUUGUAAAACCACUGUUUCUGAGAACUGCUUCAUAUAUGUGUUCCAUGGAUUCAACCAACUUCUGGCACCUGUAAACAGGUUUUUGUGCCCUGGAUUACUGGACUACAUUCUACAAUUCCUUUUUACUUCAUGGCUUUUCCUCAAAAUCAGAAUUUAAUAUUACAAGUUUUCUUUUGUAAUAAGGUGUAGGGAUUGGGUUUGUUUCAUAAUGUCGAUCUGAUUUGACAUGUCAAAUUAGAAUUUCAACCAAAAAUUGUGAUUAAUCUAAUUAAUGAUUUUGGACAGCUAUUAUUUUGAACACAACUAUAUAUUUAUGAAUGCUUUACUCCCCCAAUGUGACUCAUAAGAAGCAAAGACGUCUUUUGUCAGAUACUCUUGGAAAAAAAGUGAAGCCUGUGGGACCUAAAGUGAGUUUUAUAACAGUUAGUCCAGGUGGCACGGGCUCCCUAACGCAAUGUUUCUUAACUAAUGUAUGUCCUGAAAGACUCUCUAUGGGAUAGAGACAACCAUUAUCCAUUUGCUUUGUCCGUUGGUUGGACUGAGACACUCACUUCUGCAGCAACACUUUAAAUGUAAAUCAGCAAUCAUAUAAAAAUGAACAAAUCACUUCCCAUUUUUAGCCCCUCUCUGACCUACCUCUUGGUGCUGGAGCUCUACAUCAGCCCUGUUGUUUUUGAAACAAAAGGAUACCAGCUUGUAUUGCAAAGCCCUGUUAUCUUGACAACAGCAAAUGUCCAGGGAGCCACUCCACAGUAAAGGUUUUUUAACCUGCACUUGCUUCGAGAUUCACUGCAUUUUCAGAAUCUCCAAUUUAAAAGAGUAAACUGCUGAUGUGAAGGAAGCCAUGAAAUGAUGUGCGGGGCUCUUUCUAGUCUCCGGCAGUUAGGUGUCAUUUUUUUUUUUCAAAACCAUUUAAGGGCAGACACCAUCACCAUGCUGAAAUGUAUUUAAAAAGCAAAUUUAAUUUAGGAUCUCCUCUUCCGUCAUGGUAUCUGGCCAGCAAUUCAUCCGCCUUUCUUGUUGCUCGACAUGUGACAGUUAGAAAGCAGCAUUGUGUUAUAGGGGUCCCGUGCUGCUGCUUGUUUCACUGCCCCACUGUCCCAGUGAGUCAGGGGCCAGGUCAUGGUCAAAGGUUGCUCAGUACGACACUCCACACUUCCAUACAACAACAUGUUCUUUUUUGUUUUUAAACCUCAAGCUCCUCACUUAUAUGUUCAUUACUAUUUUUAUUUUGGUCUUUUGCUGAUUCAAUCACGUUAAUGGCAGAUUUAUAGACUAAUAGAACAGCAUCAGGUUUACUGAGGGCGUUUCAAAAUUUAACACCAAUUACUUGCUUCUUCCUGUUGAAGUCAUUUUGUUGGCUUUGGGCAAAUUACAAAGCUGUGUCCAAUAGUAGUAAACUAUUUUAUCUAUGCACCACAGGACUCGACUCUGCCUCGUUGGCUUAAUAAGGCUCUCCCUCCCUUCUUCAUCCACCUCCCCUUUCUGCUGGUAGCGUAAGUCCUCCCCAGGAGUUAGCUCUGCCAUUGCUGAUGGAGCAGGUAAUUGCAGGGGGUCUGGCUAGUAAACAGGUUGCAUCAUGAUUGUAGUUGUGACGGAAGCUCUGUGAAGCUAACCAGCUCUGACGGUCAAUGCUUGUUCAAUUCCCUGUCCCCAUGCUGCGUAGACCUAUUGGUGAUCAUCUGGGCUCGCUUCACCGAGCACUUUUAGUGCCAGGAUGAUGUAACAAUUAGCCCAGGCAACCAGGAAAAAAACGAUAGAGCCAGAGAGAUGAAAGUGGAGGGCAAGACAGAUUAGGAAAUCAGGAUGUAAUAGAGAGUCAACACAACAGUUUGUGUUAAACUCCAACUCUGGCCUCCAAAACAUUCUGUAAAAAAUCUGAGACGUCACAGAAAUUGUAGUUUUUCUACUUAACUACCAUAUAAAUUAGAGAGCUUUAAUACCAAGCAGGACAUUUAAUAAAAUACCCUGCUUCCCUUUGUAGAACAUGGUGAUGCUUGGGAAAGGGAUUAUUGGAAAUCUUGAAAUAAUCAGAUAGAUUAUUUGAAAUCUUCGCUGUGUUUCCCAGCUAAUCACUUCAGUGUCUGGCUCUAGGUCAUGUGCCUGACAUGGGAAUUCAUCUUUGCUUUCAUAUGAUCACAUGCAUGCAUGCAGGCAUGCAGGAUGUAUAAACACACACACACAUCCAGCGUAAAUACUCACUUAUCACUAAUUUAUAUGAAGCACUCACACAUCCUUUUUAAGAUUAGUGUAACCAACUAAAUAUUUGUGACUGAUUCAUUGGAUGACUCUAUUCUUUAUCAAGGUUAAUAGGAAGUUUAUCUCAAAUCACUUUUUUAAAUUCCUGAAUCUUUUAUGAACUUUUAAGAUCAGUGAAGUUUAAUUACUAGAAGGUCAAAAAUGCUUCUUUCAGAAUAAAUGUGAGAAGGUUUGUGGCCUCUGUUGGAGAAUGUUCUUAUUGGUAACCAAGGCUAGACAUGGUUUUGGUAUGAUUUUAUGCAAGUAAAAGCUGGUUAUACCAGAAACAGACACGGUGUAAAUUAGGGGAAAAGCGUAUCCAAACAUUUGUCUAACUUCUGCCAUCCUGACAUAGAUAACAGUAGUGUUUUGCUGGUUUCUUCUGUUGGCUACAUGCCCCUCAUUGCUCCGUUGCGCUGCUAGUUCUCCAUACCAACAUUUUAAGUUAUGUUUAUUUUUCUUUUUGAAAGUUGAUCACUCCAUUGCUCUACAUUUGGAGCCUUUCUAAACUGAAUCAAGCUCACUGAGUAUCCUUCUCUUCAUGAACAGCACUGCACCUGCUAAAAGCGACAACGUGCAUUUCCAAAACCAAUUGGUAAUUAGUGCAAAGCAGCAGUUUUGAUUUCAUAUUGACCUGUAAAAACAGCACAUAUUUCUUUAAUUGAUUUGUUUUUUUUAUGUUAUCUUUGCAAUAUCUAAUUUUUGACCAGGCACACUCAUAACUUGAAUCCACUUACAGUGGUACUCAAAUACACAAGGCCAACAGCACACACUCUCACACUUUGAAGUGUGAGAGUGAGAUGUACUAUAGAGAAGAAUAAGGAAGUGAGAAAGUGAAUGAUAGGUGCAAACUGAAAAGGCAGCAGGGAAAUGAGUGAAGGCUUUCUAGACUGGAGCAAAGGCACAUAUUCAGUGUUGCUCUUUGAAUAGAAUACACAUCGAGCAAAGGCCACUUCUAUAAUAUCUUAUAUGAAGCUGACAUCCUCUCAUCAUUCUAUUCACGUUUGCUUAUUGUCCUUCAUGCCUGCAACGCCACGAUUUUUAGCUUUUCUCCAUCACAAAUGGUGUAUGACUCACCUCACAUUGUCUUUACUUUGAGCACAUCGAUUUAAUUAAUAUUAGUCUUUUCUUGUUUUUGUGAGAGAGUACAUUCUUAUAAUACAGACUCUAAAGCUGUCUUCACUGACCCUUUCCUUUCAACACUCCUCCCACACAUCAGCCAUAAGGACAGAAGGCCCUCUGUGUGUGACAACACUGACCAAUGACCUGGCACACUAACCACUGGGACAGUGGGACAGUGAGCAGGCGGGGUUUAACUUUGAGUAGCCUCUACUGAUGGGAUGGACUUGGUUCAGAAACCCAACCAUUGUAGAUUAUGAAAGCAAAGGACCAAUCCAUAAAAAAAUUAAAUACUUAUGUCAGGUUGACACUGUGGAUUUAACAUCAGAAUAAGGUAAGUGGGGAGAUACUGAUGAUGAUUAACCUGCUGUGAAAUGUCAAGGUGAAGUUUGAGGCAUUGGUGAAUUUUUGAAAGGAGAAUGUUUUGAUAUUUUUUUCAUUUUAAUGUCUUGCUUAUUUGAAUUGUAAAGAGGUUUAUUCAGAAUACUUCAUUUUCAUUAUUGACUAAC